AUGUCGAAUGUUCCCAUCAAUAUCGAGGCUCUGCACGAGAUUACCAUCGGGCGAACCCAGGAUCCGAAAGAUAGGUCCAAAAUUGAUACUCUUGAGAAGCUAGUUGGUGGUUUGUCGUCUAAGGAGUUGCGUCAGGUUCGCACGGCCUACGUAAAUCGCUACUACGUUGACCCGGAACACCACCUCCGUAACUUUGAUGUAUACCAAGAGUUUGCCCCCCUUCGAAUCGAUCCUGCUAUUCUCAGCGAGUUGCUGGGCAUUUUAAACAAAUCUGAAAUCCAAAACGAGGUCGCUUAUAUCGGACAACUUCUUAAAAAAGCGAAGAACAGGUCUUUGACUCUACAUGAUCGGAUAGAGUAUUAUAGCUGUCUUCCACGCAUUGGCUUGUGGGACUCGCCCGCCCGCAAAUAUCCUGGCAACAAGAACGUCGAUUCCUAUGAGCGACGCCUCCGUGUUAAGGCUUGGUCGAAGGCCUCUGACGUGGACUUCGAUGAGGCUCUAAGGGAGAUAGAGCGCUGUCUACCUAAGGUGACGGUCGAACUCGAAACACCAAGGCAAAAAAAUAUUGCGGUUAUUGCAAGCUCGCACGGCGCACAGUGGCAGGAGCUUGUCGACUGGGCGCUCGGAGUUCUCGACAAAGGUUACACGGUGCGCGUCUUUACCCCUUUUGGACGGCCGGUCGCAAUUCAGCGUGAUAGCAUGCUAGUCCGUGAGCCACCGACAGAGGCUGUUGCGGUUGCCUUAGGUCUUCCAGGCGUUGGUCUUGGAGCCCCCCUUCGCUUGGAUCCUCUCCGCUUGCCCAAAGACCGCCUUGACAAUUUGCUUGGGAACGCAGUCGGGGCCGAUCAAUUUGAUGCGAGCAAAUUUGGAGCCGUUUACCUAGCAGGCGGACUUGGUUUCAAUGAGGAUGUGGCAGUCACCUCCCCGAAGAGUGUCACCGAUUCUGCGCACGCUAAUAUUCAAGCGUCACCCAACAUCGCCCAAAUGAUGCGUCGCGCAGUUGAACAUCGGCUCCCCAUUAUAGCACUUUGCCACGGUCCCACGCUCUUGGCAUGUUUAGACAUUGAUAUUGAUGGGAAGCGCGAGAAGUUGGUCAAAGGCGUGGAAGUAGCUGCACUCCCGGCGCUAGAGCCCAUGGUGCAUGCGCAGGGGAAGUUGGAACCGCAGUUCAGCUUUUACACAUGGAAGACACACGAGGUGCUCGCCGAAGCCGGAGCUGUGGUUGACGAAGAGGCGGACUUGAAGGACAUGACAAGAGUUAAAACUGGCGUUCGCGACGGCUUGCAUCUCGCUACAGGCCCUGGACCCCAGACUGCAUGGAACUUGGUCGACGCAACCACAUCAGUCAUUAAGAAACGCUGGGCAGCGAUUUAA